GUUGGGGGCUGGCUGUUGAUGACAGGGCUGGCAGUUGCAGGGAACUUGGCUGCUGGGCAUGAGUUGUUCCCUGGGGGUUGGUUGCUGGUGGUGAGGGUUGGUGAUUAGCUGGUGGUUGGGAGGUGCCUCAGUUUCCUUCUGUGUCAGAAGGGGGAAGCCUAGCACCACCUCCCCAGGCCAUGAGUAUAGAUGCAUUGAUCCAUCAGUCAAUCAACAGAUACUUAAUUAGGCACCUGCUAUGUGCCAGGCCCCAUCCUGAGGUAACUUCCAGCUUAUAGAAGCAGGGCAGGGCUGGAAAGGGAAAUGGGAGCGGAGAGGAGAAGACUGCAGCCCCGCAGGUUGGGAGCCAAUUCCUUGAUAACUCUUCCUCCACCAAGUUAUAAACCCAGGGACCCAGACAAGAGGACUCCAUUUCCCAGAGUGCCGAGGUCCUGACUUCCUGCAGCUCUUGGCCCACCCCUACGGAGGACUCCGUUUCCCAGAAGACCUAUUUCCUGACGAGCCAAGUCCUGGCACCUCCCUCUGGGUAAUUCCCAGGUUCUGCUGGGAAUCUCACGUGGGCCGUCUCAACUCUUGGAUGUCUCCCAGGUGUACUAAGAGGAAGUUUUCUCACCUUGGGGAUCCACUCCCUGAUGGACCACAGCCUGGCCCAAGCAGAUUCCCUGGGGCCAGAGGGAAUGGCCCCUGGGACCCAGAGAUCCCCAUCCCAGGAGUCAAUAACAUUUAAGGAUGUGGCUGUGGACUUCAGCCAGGAGGAAUGGUGCCUAUUGGACCAUUCUCAGAAAGAGCUGUAUGUGGAGGUUAUGAUGGCAAAUGUGAAGAAUCUCCUCUCUGUGGGACUUCCCGUUUCUAGAGUAGAUUUUCUCUCCUGUUUUCAGCAAGGGGAAGCACAAUGCCUGCUAGAACAAAAAGGCCCAAGGAGCUCCUGUCCAGGUGUACUAAGCGGAAGUCUCCCCACCAUGGGGAUCCACUCCCUGAUGGACCACAGUCUGACCCAGGCAGAUUCCCUGGAGCCAGUGGGAAUGGCCCCUGGGACCCAGAGAUCCCCAUCCCAGGGGUUAAUAACAUUCAAGGAUGUGGCUGUGAACUUCAACCAGGAGGAAUGGUGCCUGUUGGACCAUUCUCAGAAAGAGCUGUAUGUGGAGAUUAUACUGGAGAAUGUGCAGAAUCUCCUUUCUGUGGGACUUCCCGUGCCUAGAGAAGAUUUUCUCACUUGUUUUCAGCAAGGGGAAGCAUGGUGCCUGUUAGAGCAAAAAGGCCCAAGGAGCUCCUAUCCAGAGACAGAGAUCAAUUUUGAAGUGAAGAAGAUAUCUACAAAGCUGAGCCUUUUGGUGCAAGGAUGUGACCCUCAAAAGGGCAUGAAUGAGGACUCCUGUGACUUUAUUUUGAGAGAAAUCUGUGACUCUAAUAUCAAGGUAAAUAAAAAUCCAAAGAGUGACUGUGAAUUUUAUGAAACUGCAGAGAAUUUCAAACAGUAUUCAGUCCUACACCAGUAUCUGAAAUUAACCUCAGGAAAUAACUGUUUUCAGAAUAAUGAAUACAGCAAAUACUUUCCUGAAGAAGUCGAACUUUUUAAGUUGCAUGAGAAACCUCCUGAAAUACCCAUGUAUCAUGGUAACCUAGGGGGAAAGACAUUAGGCUCGAGUUUUGACCUCAUUAGCCAUCCAAAAAGUAAACAUGUAGAGAUAUUUUCUGUGAGUUAUAAAGAUGGGAGAUCUUUCAGUCAGAAGUCUGAACUUGAUUCACAUCAAAAAAUCCACUGUGGAGAGAAACCUUAUGAAUGUAAACAGUGUGGAAAGGCUUUCACACAGAGGGGAGGUCUUGCCAUACAUCAGAGGAUCCACACUGGAGAAAAACCUUAUGAAUGUAAACAAUGUGGGAAGGCUUUCACAGAGAAGGGCAGUCUUGUCAGACAUCAAACAGUCCACUCUGGAGAAAAACCUUAUGAAUGUAAACAGUGUGGAAAGGCUUUCACACUGAGGUUCAGCCUUAUCACACAUCAGAGAAUUCACACAGGAGAGAAACCUUAUGAAUGUAAACAGUGUGGAAAGGCUUUCACAAAUAGGGGCAGUCUUGCCAGACAUCAGACAGUCCACACUGGAGAGAAACCUUAUGAAUGUGGCCAAUGUGGAAAGACUUUCACACAGAAACUCGGUAUUGCUAUGCAUCAGAUGAUCCAUGCUGGAGAGAAACCUUAUGAAUGUAAACAAUGUUCAAAGGCAUUUACACGGAGAAGCUAUCUUACUGCACAUCAGAGAAUCCAUUCUGGAGAGAAACCUUAUGAAUGUGAACAAUGUGGAAAGACUUUCAGAUGGUGCGGCCUUCUUUCUGAACACCAGAGAAUCCACACUGGAGAGAAACCUUGGGAAUGUAAACAAUGUGGAAAGACUUUCAUACGGUGGUGCACUCUUGCUAAACAUCAGAGAAUCCACUCUGGAAAGAAACCUUAUGAAUGUAAGCAGUGUGGAAAGACUUUCUCACAGAGGGACCAUCUUGCUGAACAUCAGAGAAUCCACACUGGAGAGAAACCUUUUAAAUGUGCACAGUGUGGCAAGGCUUUCACACAGAGGGGAAGUCUUGCUAUGCAUCAGACAAUCCACUCUGGAGAGAAACCUUAUGAAUGUAAACAAUGUGGAAAGGCUUUCACACAGAGGGGCCAUCUUGUUAAACAUCAGACAAUCCACUCUGGAGAGAAACCUUAUGAAUGUAAGCAAUGUGGAAAGGCUUUUUCAUUGAGGUCCUCUCUUGCCAGACAUCAGACAAUCCACACUGGAGAGAAACCUUAUGAAUGUAAACAAUGUGGAAAAGCAUUUGCAUUAAAGCACAGUCUUGCUGAACAUCAGAAAAUCCACUCUGGAGAGAAACCUUAUGAAUGUAAACAAUGUGGAAAGACAUUUGCAGUGAAGUGUAGUCUUGCUAUACAUCAGAGAUUCCACACUGGAGAGAAAUCUUUUGAAUGUAAACAGUGUGGAAAGGCUUUCACCCUGAGUGGCUCCCUUGCCAGACAUCAGACAGUCCACUCUGGAGAGAAACCUUAUGAAUGUAAACAGUGUGGAAAGGCUUUCACCCUGAGGGGCUCCCUUGCCAGACAUCAGAUAAUCCACACAGGAGAGAAACCUUAUGAAUGUAAUCAAUGUGGAAAGGCAUUCACAGUGAGGCGCAGUCUUGUUGAUCAUCAGAGAAUCCACACUGGAGAGAAACCUUAUGAAUGUAAACAAUGUGGGAAGGCUUUCACACAGAGACGCAAUCUUGCUGAUCAUCAGAGAAUCCACUCUGGGGAGAAACCUUAUGAAUGUAAACAAUGUGGAAAAGUUUUCAGGCAGAGAGGUGGCCUUGCUAUGCAUCAGAAAAUCCACUCUGGAGAGAAACCUUAUGAAUGUAAACAAUGUGGAAAGGCUUUCACACAGUGGGGUGGUCUUUCUAAACAUCAGGCAAUCCAUUCUGGAGAGAAACCUUAUGAAUGUCAACAAUGUGGGAAGGCUUUCACACAGAAGGGUGGUCUUUCUAAACAUCAGGCAAUCCACUCUAGAGAGAAACCUUAUUAAUUUAAACAAUGUGGAAAGCCUUUCAGACAGAGGGGAAAUCUUGCAAUGCAUCAGACCAUCCACUUUGGAGAGAAACCUUAUAAAUAUAAACAAUGUGGAAAGGCUUUCCCACGGAGGGGCCAUCUUGCUAAACAUCAGAAAAUCCACUCUGGAGAUAAACCUUAUACAUAUAAGCAAUGUGGAAAGACUUUCACCUUGAGGAGCUCCUUACUAGACAUCAGACAGUCCAUACUGGAGAGAAACUUAUGAACAUAAACAAUGUGGAAAGGCUUUCAGACAAAGCACCCCUUUUUCCUCACAUCAGGUGAUCCACACUGGAGAGAAAUCUUGUGAAUUUAAACAAUGUGGAAAGGUUUUCAUACAACAGAAUGGGCUCUCUUGCCAGACAUCAGCCAAUCCAGUGUCUAGAAAUCUUAUAUAUACUGUUAAGAAUGAUUUUCUUAAUUUCUCCUUUUUUCUUUUUUAAGAGUCAAUGGAGCAAAAAGGUUUUUGUGUAAGAGUCCCCCUGCUCUGCAAACAGUCAGUUGAUGAAAGGAGGGUGUCACUGAUGGUUGGUAGGUAGUUGCAGGCAGUUGAAAGGGUAUUUUGUCUCUGGAUUCCCUGGGGAGAAGAGUGUGUGGCUCGCUCUCUUUAGGAUGGCCAGUUUUUUUCUGAGAGUUGGAGAUAGAGAAAUGGCUUUUAAGGCCUUAACAGUCUUUUUGUUUUGUGAUUAGCUUAGGCAGGUAGUUAGAUAGUGGCUAAAUUAUAAUAUAAUCAAUGUAGAGAAGUUUAGGCCUUUGCUUGGCCCUGGCAGAGGAAGCUGCCCUUGAAGGCAGAUAGAUUUAGGGGUUUUUAGAACUUUUUAGUUAGGAUUGGGGUCUUAGGUAUUACAGAUACGCUUUUAUAAGAUUACUCGCACUUUCCUCCUUUCUAUUUUCUAUCCAAAGUUUUCUAUAAAUAAACUUAAGUGUUUUGUGUUUACCAAAUUGCUCUCCUGAACUUUUGUUCAAACUCCUACAAAAGUUUUAACCCUUCAGAGCCUGGCGAGCCAGUGAGAAGUUUGAUUAAUUUAUUAAUCUAUUCCUUAUAAAUAAUAGGAACAUGUAGAGGUGUAACUAUGGUGCUAGAUAUAAUGGUAUGGGUAGUAAAGGAAGUGGUGCCGAUUUACCUCAGACAGCUCCCACUCCCUGAGACCUUCAAUGAGAUUUUACAUCUCACACUUUUGGAUUGUCUCUGCUUAGUCCCCUUCAUGGGAAUAUUUUUGCUGUCCACAUUGUUUUAAGGGUACCAGCUGUAGCAAGUAUUUAGUUUAAUCCUUAUUAAGAAAAGGAAACAACUAAAAGAGAAAUUAAUGGAGACUAGAGGUGUAUAUCUUGAGGAUUGGAUCUUGCAAUUGACUAAAACUAUUGACCAACAAAAUGAACUAUCUCUUGCUUGACUCAAUCUGCCUCUUCUACUGUUUCUAACUCUUCCCACCAAGGUAGCUAAACAUAAAACACAAAAGAAAUUAGAUACAAAUUAUAGCCUUUUCCCUUUAAGAGAAGUACCAGUUUUAAAUCCAAAGAACAGUAACUUUUAGGCACCAAAAACCAUUUACCGCUUGGGUUAUGGAAGGAUUUAAAUGCAGCAUUCCUUCUUUUGAGAAGGAUCCCAUAGCUGUGAAGAGACAAUAUGCAGGCAAUUCGAUUCAACCUGGAUUGAUUUUUAAUAUCUUCUAAAUGUUACUAACUUAUGAGACUUAUUGUGGCUCAUUGGGCAGUCAAGUGGCUGGAGGUUGACCCUCAUUGGGACCUUAGUGAUGAAAGAAACUAUGCAAGAUUGUGCCAAGUUAGGGAAUCAAUUCUUAAUGCAAUGAGAGCAUAUUCAAAUAGACCUGGUACUUGAACAAAAUUUGAAAAGCUAAAGCAAGAUAUAUGAGAAAAUCUCUCACAGUUAUAGAACUGGGAGGAAGAUCCAUAGACAUAUACUUAAUCAGAGAAAGAGACAUUAGACAAUUGAGAAGGCAAUUUGUAAAAAGAGUUGCAAAGUAGUCAAGGACGAUUUCAAAACCAAUUACCUUAACUGGAUGAAUAUGGACCUUGAUGAAUUAAGGUGAGCAGCAGUUUAUGUUUAUAAUGGGCAUGAAAUGAAAGAUGUCAAUGGUAGUGAUUUUGUGGGUACAUUGAGAAAGGAGAUAAAAGUUUUAAAGGAAAAAAUCUUCUAAUUUUUUGAAAAAUCUUUCAUGCUACUACCCCCUCCACAUGGGGCAGAAAGUGGUGCCCCUUAGACUCUAUUGUUUUUGUUGAUAUUAACCCUUUUCAGUUGUGUCUCCCCUCCAAAUAGUAGCAAAGAAGAAAUGGAUUUUUUUUGAAUAUAGUACCUCUGUGAUUAAUUAUACCUUCUGUUGAUAAUGAAUAGUUGAUUAUAUUGAUUGUAUUUAAUUAUUGAUUAUGAUAAGACUUUCCUAUUAAUGGAUCUAUACUAUUUUGUUGCACUUUAUUUGUGCCAUAGAGUAUUUUUUUCUUUCUCUCAUUUUUACAUUUGAAGCCCAUGUAAUUAUAUUGAAAAGAUUUUUUUAACUGUUUUGGAUUUUUGCAAUAACCUAAGAUAUCCAUUUGCUUAGCAUAUAAAUGCAUACCCCAAAGCUUUAGACUAUGGAAACCUGCCAUUUAUUGAUAAAUGUUAUGGGACUAUGAUUAAAUAUUGUGUCUGGUUCUAGGAAAUAGGAUAAAAGAAAAGGGAGCAGAGAAUAUAUCUACAAAGUGCCAUAGAAGCACAAAUUUAACCGGAAAAGUGCCAAAAGAGCACACAGGUCAAAAAGAAACCAAUCCAUGUGGGAUUGAUGAACUUCUACAUCAAUAUGAAAGGGCUUGAACCUAGUGUGAUACUUGAGGUUGCAGCGCUCGACAUAUGUUAAGAUGCAGGAAGGACUUCUUGAACCAUACUUCUUGUAAAAUACUUUCCAUGAAAGUAACUAACAAUCAGCUUUUCUGGCUCUCCUAUCCCUGAGAAAUAAUGAAAUAUCAAAUCCGGGAAUGACACUUCCCUUUUUACACAAAAAUGUAGUUCUUUUUUUCUCUCUUAUAUUAUGGCAACUUCCUGUGGUCUUGACUUAUAAUGGGUAAAUACAACAUUACUGCAUUUUUUCCUACAGAAUUGUGGGACAAAAAUUUACUUUAAUUGGACCCUAAUAGAAGGGUCUGUUAUAACUUUAUUCUUUUAUUCAGAAAUUUUAUAUACAUAGUUUUUGAUAUUUUGCUUUUGAAUUUUGAAUUUUUAUUUCUCCCAAAGCUUAAUUUUUUCUUCUAUUUUUGAAAAAUUUUUGAAGCAGUAAAAGGCAGUUACAAACUAACUUAUGUUUUACAAAAAACUGGUCUAUCUAAAAUAAAAACUAUGCAAAAGUCAAGCAAACUUCAUUUUACAAAUCCUAUUUGAACAAUUCAAACAAAACUUUUUACUAUGCUAAGACUUUUUCCUAUCAUUAAUACAGAAAACCAAAACUAACUACAUUAAAACUCAGUUAUAAUGAAUCAUGAAGAUAUGAAAAAUGUAUUCAAAAGCUGAUUCUAAUGAGCAAAGGGUUCAUGGAUCAGACUUCUGUAUAUAUUUCUAAUAUUUCACCAUUGAUUUCUGAAUCCUUAAAUUGGAUGGAACUAAAAUUUUGUUGACCUUAAAAAUUAAGUCUCUAUUUUAUCUGCAGUCUGAACGCUAGCAGACAAGUUCUAAAGAUCCUUUGUAAUGUCAAAGACAUACUUUUAACAUAUAGAUAAGCUUGGUGCCAAUGUUCUGGAGGAAAGUUUGAUCAAAGUGAGGAAGGACUUUGAAGUGAGUCUUUCCUGGACACCCUGCAGUACUAUUAUGUUGCUAUCCAUUCCUUUAUUUUGUAAGUGGCUGUCAACUUUAUUGUCAUUAUUGUCUGUUGUUAAGCUUGUUUGAUUGACAUCUUGCAAACCCCCAGUCCUUGAAACCGAUAAUAAACAGUGCAGCUUGCUCAGCCUACUCUCUGAUUCCUGAGUGCUGAACUGGUAACAGGACACUGAAGUUUUUUCUGUGUUCCUUGUCUCUGCUCCUAUGUCUCACUCUCUCUAGUUCUUACUCUUUACUCAUUGCUUUCCCAGUCUUCAGCUUCCCUCCACAGGUGAUCAAACCCACAGGAGAAUUUUAUGAAGAGGUUGGACCACUUCAGGUGCAAGUUUCUGGCCCCAGAAAUUCCACUCCACACAUCUACCUUUUAACAUUUUAUUCACUUCUCCCUGAGAACACUCAGGGCUCUGUAGUUUGGCCUUCCUUCUUGGUAAGAGGGGAGAGGAAACAGGUAAUUGCUUAAACUUGGGAUUCCAUUUUUAAAUUGAUGUGGAUUCCCAAACAUUAAGGAGACUUCUGCCUCAGCAACAAUUAGUCUUUGCUUCAGUAGUGGAAUCAUUUUUCAAUAAAUAUUCCAAUUAAUCUGUGGUCAGUAAUCCUGUCUUUUCACUUCACAGAUUUCUUUUGGAGUUUGACCUUCCCCUAAUCUCUCUGCAAAUGGUCUAGGCUGGAGUGGAGUUGUGGAGGAGGUGGGGAAAAGGGCCAAAGGGAAGAUCAGAGUCUCCCUAUUUUAGUUUCCUCCAAAACUCUUUUCUUUAUACAGUUUAAAUAAUUUAUUAGUGGACAAUCCAUCAAUUCCAUUUUGUCAAUUCCUACCUUUAGCAGAGCAACAAACAAUUCCUUUGGAAGUAUUCUGUAUUUAUUUACUUUCCCUUUUUUCUUUUCACAUUCAAAUUCUGCUACUCCUACAGCAGUUUUCAAUAGCAACAGGUUGAUAGUUUUGAGCCUGAUGUCCCAAAAUAAAAUUCUAACAUUGUAAUGUGGAUAAUUUACCUAACUCUUUUUGAAGACUUUCCAAAACUUGUGAAGGUUCUCCUUUCUUUUUUUCACUCUAUCUCCCCAAUUUCCUCACUGGCUGGUAUAAUUAGCCAUGACAUCCUCCCCUCUCUCUCUCUUUUUUUUUUUUUUUGGUUAUUGCACAACAACUUAUUGUACAGCAAGAUCCCAUCCUUGUUGCCAGUCUGUAACUUGAAGGUGUUAUGUAUGCAGCUUUUAGCUUCUUUAGUCUUUAUUUUCAGCAUGUCCCCAAGAAAACUCAUAUAUAUAUAUAUAUAUUUUUUUUUUAACCUAAUCACCUUAUAUAAGGGUUGCAAUACCUGGAAAUGGGAUCUCCAAUGACCCUAUAAGCCUCUGAGCAUAAAUUUUACAUUUUGAGAGGGACUUUGAAUUUUUAUAGGAUUUUUUCCCAUCCCUUCCAUUACCUUUAGCCUGUAAAUCCCUGCUUUUUCUACUGUCUCUGGCAGCUUUUGUAAGGUGGGAAAAAGGGUUAUUUUUUAAAGGGUUGGACUUGAAUAUCUAAGAGUGGUCAUCAGGAAUUUAAUUAAUUCCAAAGAGAUUUAUUUACAAAAUAUAGAAAGAAUAAGAGAGAGGAUAGGGUAAGAUAUCUAGCCAAGGCACUAAGUAAUUUACUCCCAGCCCCUCUAGGCAGGGAGAAUUUGUUUCAGCCAGCCUUGCCAAAGCCAAGGACCUGGGAAGUGUCUCUCAAGAGGAUAGGCCUUUCCUGAGUCUGGUCUCUUCAGAGAAAAGCCAACAGUGAAGAGUCAGCUUUUUCCACUCACCACAUGUCAGUCCAAUCAGCAGAUCUUUCUGCUCUUCUUUAUCAGCCUCAGCUCGAAAACACAAAGAAUUCAAUUCUCACAGGAAGUAACAGCUCCUUUUAAAGACAUUUUCUCUUGCAUCACUUCCUGUGCCUUCCCCUAAUUCUAUGUCUACCAAUCACUGUUAACGCUGCUCUAGGACUGCCUAGAAGGCAGUCAGUCAAUUCUUAUUCAUCAUCCACUAUCACACACGUGGGUCAUAGACCUCCCACUUCAUGCUUAAGAGGGAUAUUUGUACUUUUGGUGAUUAGAUCUAAAUGGGCAGAUCUUCAUAUUUAACUUUUAAGUACCAUGUUUAUACUUAUGAGGAUUAAAUCUAAAAAUAGUCAGGGGUUACAAUUUAAUCUUCACAAUCAGGGGAGAGUUAAGUAUUUUCAUUGCUAUAAUGAAGGGAGAAUUAAAUUUUAUACCAGAUCAAGAUUUAGUCAACCUGCCAAGUUAGCAUAUCAGAGGCUCUUAGGUUACUUCCCUUAUGUUGGUGUGAGAUAACUUAUUAAUCAAUAACGUAUUCAUCAUCAACUUAAGAAUCAGUUUUAACAACCAACUCAUUUGGUCAUUUGGGAUGCGGAAUGUUCAUCUCAAAAUUCCAUAACCCAAAUGAGUCUUGUUUUGCAGGGCUGAUUGCCCUACCCACUUAAAUGACUUCUUAAAGUCUUACAAAUCUAAAGUUAAAAUGUUUCUCUUUAACUUUCCCAUACAGUAAAUACCAAUUCUAUAUUUUUCUUUAUUGUCUCUCACCUACUUAUUUUAGUCUUCAAGUACUCUCAUCAUUCUACCAUAGAUGUAACUGAAAAGAUUUUAUCCCAAACUGUUACAAUUUAUUUUUUUUUUCUGAGAGUCCUACAGGCAAAAAUAUCCCCUCCUUUUUCUAGUGAGGAAAUAAGAUAGUCCUUGAAUUCCAAUGAAAACCAAUUAGACACUUGCUCCUUCUGGGAGUCAGAAAAGGGUUAAUAAGUUUGCAGGCAGUUUUAACUUCUUAGUAGCACUAUCUUAAACCUGUCUUUCUUGUGAUUUCUUAUGGCUCCAUAUCCCAAUUGUUUGCAGUACUGGGAGUUUCACUUUAUUAAUAUAACUUUCUUUUAGCCUUCACAACUCAGACUAUUACAUAUUUGAAACUUUCACAUUACAUCCCUCCCAAUGGAUUUUAAUUAAGAGCCCCACAACUUUUCAUAUGGACUUUGAUGAAAGUCUGUUAACCUGUUUCCUUCAUUUUCUAAUGUUAAUUCCUCUCCCCUUCUUCUACUUGCUUUUCCACCAUCAUUAUUCAGAUAAACUUAGUCUGAAAACAUUUCCCUUCAAACCUUUGCUUAAAGCAGAAUCACAUUCAAUAUUGUCCUCCCCAUUUUCACAUAUCUACUUACAUUAUUCAUACAGCAUAUCCUUCUCCAUAUGUCUUUCAUAUGCUUAUUCAACACCUCUCUUACCAGCUACCACUUGCUUCUGCCAUCACUAAACUUAACUUCUAUCAGGUAUUCUGUCACCUGCUUUUUGUGGUUCAGAAGAGCCCUGAUUAUCAUUACAUAUUAUUUUAUACAAUUUGCCUCAAAAAUUAAUUUUGUUCAUGGUACUUCAUAAAUUAUUUGUGUUUAUACAAAAUCACAUGCUAACAAAUUGCAUCACAACACGUGUUUAUACUAAACAAUGAAAUCAUUCUUGUCCAGAGUAUAUGCUUGGUAAGAAUUUAUAUAUCCCAAUCAGUUACAACAAAUAUUUACAAAUUCAGAAAUCCUUUAGCAAUAUUACAAACUCUUAAUACCUGUUCCAUUCCACAUUUAUAGACUUACAAAUUUAAAACUUUUUUCAUACUUAAAACAUUUUCACCUGUUGCUUGCUUCAUAUAUAUUAAUAUAACAUCGUCACAUUCUCAUUUGUAAACCCAAAUUUGGAUUAUACAGAAUUUUCUCUAUAUUACAUCACAUUUUUUUUCUUCUAAGCUGGUACUUAAUUCUUAUACAUUUACAAUUUAUUAAACCCUCAUUUUCAUUAAGCAGCCAGAAGAACACUUAUAAGAACUUUGCUUCUCAUCUGCCUCUUUAAAGUAAAUUCCUUCACCAUUUAGGCCAUCUACCCAUUACAUGGAUUAAAGAAUAAAUUCUAUUCCCAAUUUCAGUUGACUCAAACAACAAACUUUUUUUGGUUUUUGGUUUUUUUUUCCCAUUAGAAUUAAUUUAUUUAGUCAAUUUAGAACAUUACUCCUUGGUUACAAUAAUCACAUUAUUUCCCUCCCUCCCCUCCACCCACUCUUCCUGCAACCAACGUGCAAUUUCAUUGGGUAUUACUUGUCCUUGAUCAGAACCUAUUUCCAUACUGUUGUUUGCACUAGGAUGUUCAUUUUGAGUCUACAUCCUCAACCAUAUCCCUUCAACCCACGUAAUUCAAGGAGUUGUUUUUCUUCAGUGUUUUUACUCCUACUGUGUUUCCUCUGGAUGUGGAUAGUGGUUUUCCUCGUAGGUUCCUCCAAGUUGUUCAGGGUCAUUGCAUUGCCACUAAUGGAGAAGUUCAUUACAUUCAAUUGUACCACAGUGUAUCAAUCUCUGUGUACGAUGCUCUCCUGGUUCUGCUCCUCUCACUCUGCAUCAGUUGAUUCCUAGAGGUUGUUCCAGUUCAAAUGGAAUUCCUCCAGUUUUUUAUUCCUUUAAGCCCAAUAUUCCAUCACCAACAUAUACCACAAUUUGUUCAGCCAUUCCCCAAUUAAAGGGCAUCCCCUCAUUUUCCAAUUUUUGGCCUCCACAAAAAGCGCAGCUAUGAAUAUUCUUAUACAUGUCUUUUUCCUUAUUAUCUCUGGGGUACAAACCCAGCAGUGCUAUGGCUGGAUCAAAGUGCAGACAGUCUUUUAUUGCCCUUUGGGCAUAGUUCCAAAUUGCCCUCCAGAAUGGUUGGAUCAAUUCACAACUUUACUAGCAAUGAAUUAAUGUCCCAACUUUGCCAUAUCCCCUCCAGCAUUCAUUAUUUCCUUUGCUGUCAUGUUAGCCAAUCUGCUAGGUGUGAGGUGAUACCUCAGAGUAAAUGACAAACAUUUUAGAUAUAUCCAAACAUUCAAAUCUCAAGCCUUGUUAAUUUUACAUCUCCAUGAGGAUAGGCAAUUCUCUCAUCAUUAAGUUUUGUCCAGAAUCGAACUAAUCUGGAAUCUUAUAAAACGGAAAGACAAUUUUCAACUGAUUCAUUUUAUAGCUAUUUCAUGAAAUUUCACAGAUACAUUUCAGAUUCAUUUGUGAUUUUCCAUAUAUAAAAUCAUUUAUUAACACCAUUAAAAAAUCCAAUCGAAUCAUGGGAUCAAAUCUCCCUUUACUUAUUCUCAUCUUCCAUCUACCCUGCUUCAGUGGCCACUUGGAGAGUGUAACCGUGAAAAUGUGGGUUUCAAGACUGAAUUGCCAAAACUGUAAAGAUAAUUUUUAGUGUCUUGAUUUAAAGAAAAAAUAAGUGGUUGCCAUGGGAAAAUUCCCAAAUAUGAAAAUACCCAAGUCAGCUGGGUUUUAUGGAGAUUUUAAUUAAUACAAAUGAAGGAAUUAAGGGAAGAGAGAGAGAGAAGAGAGAAAAAUAGUAGGAAGGGCCUACGCCAAAUGGCCUAGGCCUGAGCCUUAAGAUAGACUAGUCAGUCUUUUAUCACUCACCACAAGAUUGUCCCAAGCAAAACUCCAGUCCUUCACUGAAAUCCUCAACUCCUGAACUGAGUUCAGAGACCCAGCUCUUCCAACUAACUCCAAACUCCAACUAAGUUCAGAGAACCAGCUCUGAACUCCUGACCUCCUUUCAAAGAGAAUUUUCUCUUAUGUCACCUCCCCUAAAUUUUCACAUCUACCAAUCACAGUAGACACUUUUUCCCCAGGACUGUCCAUUCUUAGUUCACAUCUUAGGGACUUCACUGCCUGCUUCUUGAAUUCCUUUUUCUGAGAUAGAAUUACUUAAGUAUUCUAUUUUCCCUUUGUCCAUAUCUUCUGAUAUUUCACAUCUCUUUGGUAAGCUUGCCCUUUGUAAGUUGCUUGACCUUUUAGUGAUUAAUUUAACCUUUAUAGGUACUGAGUACCUUUUUGUAUUAGAUCUAAAAAUAGACCACCUAGCUUAGGGUUUUUGCUUCACUAUAAGUAUGAGUUGGGGACUUUUCAUUGUUCAGUAAGGAAUUUGCAACUUUAUCUUCCCCUAAGGCACUGUCUGAGCAGGGUGGAGUAAUUUUUAAAGUUCUCAAUACAUUCCUGACCAAGUACCUGCAUUAUUUAAAAUGGGGAAUAGCUUAACCAAAUCUUCUAAGGUAUAGUCUGAGCAGUUUUAAGAUUCACAAGAGUCAAGUGUAAGGAACAACAAGGAGAUCAGGAUAACUGGAUCCUGAAAAUGUGGAAGGAAAUAAUGGGGGAAGAUGGAGCUGCAGGAGGAACAGAAAAUGGCAAACAGAGGUUCUGUGACUUUUUCCCAUAUCAUACAAGAAGACUGUCUUGAGUCUAUUAACUCAGAAAGUGUCAGUUUCUUCCUUCCCAAGUCUAGGCAUCAACUUCCAUCCAUUGUGUCUCUUAGCUGCCUCUUCAUGGAAAAGACCUUUGCAUCCUUGAGGAAGCUGCAAACAGGGCAUAUAACAGGAGAGACUACUCUUUGUUUCCAAGAAUGGAAGGAAGAUGAAAAGAGGAAGUCCUAGAGAAAACAAUUCUUGCAACAACAUAUAAAUUGGAUGAGUCUAUUGGUAACCAAUGAGUAGGGUGGCAGAAUGCAUGAGAAAGCAUAACCAGACAAUUUGUUUAUAAGAAAGAGACUUGACAGAAAGAUUGCCAAAGCAUAUAGAGUUCUUACAGGAAAAUAGUGGGAAGGAGCCUGAGGUGGAUGAGGUAAUCAGUCCAAGCGAGAGUAAGGAAAUGUUGAGAAUUUAGGAAAAAGUUAAACGGUUCAUUGAAAAGACACACCCAGAAAAAGUUGCAACAAGUCUUGAUUUGGAACUGUGAUGACAUUUGUUUCAUACAUUAUUGAAAUGUUCUAAAAGGGAGGAAGAAACAAACUUCCAUGGGAAAGUAUUUGUUCAAACAGCCUCUAUGUGAAAUCGAGGAAAGUGUGGAAAACAACCAAAAUUCAAUGAAGAAGAUGAUAAGUAAAAAAAUAGCAAUUAAGCUUAGCAAUAAAGUUACAUAUCAAAAGUAAUGUGUAAGGCCAGUUUUCCAUUUUAAAUGUUGCAUUAUGUGUGUAGACAGUAAAUUAUGUUAAGCAAUAGCCCACAAAAUGAAAACCUCUGCCAGUAUCUUGGCCUGACCUUGAAGGUAAAUAGCAUUUCAUGAACAAGUUUAUUUCUUUACAUUCUUUCUUAACUAUAAAUAUAUUUAUUUGUUAUUUAUAAAGUACAUUUUUGUAUAGUAUAUCAAACAAAAAAUGCAUGUGUUUUUUUUAUUAAUUGCAUUUUCAUUCAUUUAAAUGAGGAAAUUCGAUUUGAGUCAGGAGUAAAUUGAGUUACAAGGUUGGACAUGGAAUGAAUUAAACUCAUGUGACAAGGUACCACCUUGUAUUAGAAAAAUGCAAGCUAUAGCCAUAAAGCAAAGAAAAGAAAUCAAGGGAAUAAGCAUGGACAAAGUGAAAAUAGAAUACUUAAGUAAUUCUAUCUCAGGAAAAGGAAUUCAAGAAGCAGCCAGUGAAGUCCCUAAGAAAAAAUUUGCAGGGCCAGAUAUAUUCACAAAUGAAUUCUAUCAAACAUUUAAAGAAAAAUGAAUCCCAGAAAUAUAUAUUGGGGAAAAUAAGAAAAGAAUAGUUCUAUGAAAUUCUUUUUCCACUACAAAUAUGAUUCUGAUAUCUAUGUCAGGAGGACCAAAAACAUACCAAGAAAACAACAUAUGAAUUUCCUUAAGGAAUACUGAUGCAAAAAUCUUCAAUAAGCAAAGAGACUAUAGCACUAUAUGACAAGGUUAUUCACCAUAACCAGGUGGGAUUUUUACCAGGGAUGCAAGGCUGGUUUAAUGUUAGGAAAACCAUCAACGUAAUUGACCCUAUCAAUAAUCAAACAAAAAGAAAGCACACAAUUAUCUCAAUAGAUGCAGAAAAAAACCCUUUGACAAAAUACAACCCCCAUCCUAUUAAAACACUAGAAAGCAAAGGAAUAAAAAGGGGCUUGCAUUAAAAUAAUAAGUAGCGCUUAUUUAAAACCAUGAGAAAGUAUCAUCUGCAAUGGGGAUAGUUAGAAGCCUACUCCAAUAAGAUCAGGAGUUGUAAAAAUAAAAUGACGAGUGUAAAAAUAAAUGGGCAGAAACUAUGCUAAUAUAGGUUUAAAACUGUUUAGAUAUUUUUGAUAGAUAUAAUCAAAAGUAUCUUUAGUAAUAAAGUGAAGUGAAACUCAUAUGUGAACUUCCCAUCAGGGCCACAUGCUAGGAUGCUAAAGAGACUCUUGUUAUAAAAAAUAAAAUAUUUAUUGAAAUAUAUAAGGAUAAAAGGAUUUCUAAUUCUAAGGGAUUCUAACUCCUCCCAAAUAAACUCCCUGGCUCCACAAGGAACUGCUUCGUCUGUGUUUCACAGGCUACACUAAUCCUUCCUGAUCUGACUAACCCAAAUUUUUACCAUUCUAAAUAAACUAACAAUAAAAUUAUCCUUAUAAUUCUUAACUUUGCCUCUAAGUUAUAAAAUAACAAAGGCUAGCUGGUUGAGUCUCAACAAGAAUCAAAUUAGGACUCUAAGCCUUAACAGACUCAGACUCAGAGUCCAAACCAAAGACGAGGGUUUUCUUUGGUCUUCUCAGAGUUAAAUUAAUCUAUAAUAACUACAAUAGAUAGUCAGUAGUGUUUCCCACAUGGGAAAAAGAAAAUACUAAGCUUCUUCAGGUCUUUCUCUCCUUUCCUUCUACCUUAGACAGGAGAGAGACUCUCUGGGAGAGUGACUGCCAAAUGCCAGAGUUCAACUCUCAGAGAGACUAACUGUCAGAGAAAAAUGGUUACAACUGUCAACAUUUGAAAUUGACACACUCUCUCAGCUCUGCUUCAAGCUCUAAUUCUUUCUCACAGCAGCUUCUUCACUGCUUAUCUCUAAACUAAUAAAACUAUAGCAGUCCAUCCAGCGGUUGCUAUAUAAUUUUUCUUUGUGGGAUAUAACUUGAGAAGGAGGAAGGAGCCUGAGGAAGAUGGGUGAUAAAUAAAGAAUCAAAGACAAGUUAAUUGAUAUGGAGAGAGGUGCAGGCCCUUGAUAAUAUUUUCCUUAGAAAAUUAAUUAAAGGAAAAUAUGAGAAAUAAGAGGACACGUGGAAGUAAGAAUUCAGAGAUAGAAAGCACGUGGCCAAAGAGUGGUGCUAGGAAAGAUAAAGAGAGAAGAAAGAGCUCCAAGGUUACAGGAAAUCAAUAGAGAAAGCAGAGCCCCUCACUCGCAUUUAUUGAGGUGUAGAUUGGGAGGUCUUCAAUGAAUAUGGAACAAAGCAUAGUUGAUUCACAUUGGUUGAAAUGGUAAUGAUGACAACUUCUAGGCAUGGAUAAAUCUAACCCAAGAUUUGCAAAUGAGUUUGGCUCCACGCCAAAUGUUAAUGAGUUUGCCCUGAACAAAGGCAGCAUGGCCAAGUCAAGAGCCUAGCUCCCAAAUCAUACACUGACUAUCAAGAGGCCUGGUAAUACAAUAUUAUUACAUUAAUCAUACUAUCAUGCCUUGUAUGUUACAAAAACGAUACUUAUUUCCUAAUAUCCUUAUAGAGUGAAGCAAGGAUGCUUAUUAUCAUGACUAUUGUUUAAUAUUGUACUAGAAAUACUAGCUUUAUCAAUAUGAGAAGAAAAAUAAAUUGAAGAAAUUGAAGCAGGCAGUAAGGAAACUAAAGUAUCACUCUUUGCAGAUUGUAGGAUGGUAAAUUUAGAGAAUCCUAGAAAAUCAACUAAAAAACUAGUUGAAAUAAUCACUGUAGCAUAGUUGCAGGUUACACAAUAAACCCACAUAAAUCAUCAGCAUUUCUAUAGAUUUCCAAUAAAACCCAGCAGCAAGAGUUAGAAAGAGAAAUUGCAUUGAAAAUCACUCCAGACAGUAGAAAAUACUUGGGAAACUAUUUGUCAAGAUGAACAUAGCAACGAUAUGAACAAAAUUACAAAACACUUUUCACACAAAUAUAGUUAGAUCUAAGCAACUAAAAACUAUAAAUUGCUCUUGGUUAAGCCAAGCUAAUAUAAGGAAAAUGACAAUCUUAACGGAAUGAAUUUUCUUAUUCAAUGUGAUAGGAGUCAAAGUAUGGAAAAACCAAGUUUAUAAUAUUAGAAAAAAUAAUAACAAAAUUCAUCUGGAAGAAAAAAAGAUCCAUAUCAAGGGAAGGAUGGUGGCCUAGUGAUAGCAGAUGUUAAACUAUAGUAUAAAGUAGUAAUCAUCAAAAUAAUAUGUUAUUGGCUAAGAAAUAGAAGGGCAUAUUAAUGAUAUAGCUUCAGGAUAAAUGACCUCAGCAAUCUAGUAUUUGAUAAACCCAAAGAUACCAACUGCCUUUAUGACAAAAACUACUGGGAAACUGGAAAACAGUAUGGUUAAAAUGAGAUAUAGAUCAAUAUCUCACACUCUAUGCUAAAAUAAGGCCAAAAUGGGUAUCUGAUUUAAACUUAAAGAGGGAUAUUAUAAGUAAAUUAGGAAAAUAUAGAAUAUUUUUCUGUUGGACCUAUGGAGAAGGGAAGAAUUUAUGGCCAAACAAGAGUGUUACAUUUAUUUGUGGUUGAGACUAAAAUAUAUUAAUUAGGUGGUUACCAGGGAUUUAAUUUCUAAAUCCCAAAAUGAAUUACUAAAGUAAAUGGAAUUUAUGGUAGUUUAUAUACAAUAGAUAUUAAAGAAUGAUAGAGAAGGAGAGAGAGACAACAUCUGCUUCCUCUGAGCCAACUAGAAACUCUAAGGCCCUAAUCAGGGAAAAAGUCUCAAGAUGAUGGGCCUUUCCUGGAGGCUUCAUGCCUCCAGAAAGGUGGGGUUACUAAGUCAGUCUUUCACUCACCAACAAUGACCAUAUAAAUGGAAAGAAGUCUGGGGUCUCCUACCCUAGUUCCUCCAGGUGUCCAGUUCCUCCAGUCCAACACCGAGUCAGAGAAUCAUCCAUCCAAUUCAAUCUUGAAUUGAAUGAUCUUCUUUGGCCUCUGGUCCCUUUUUAAAGAUCUUUUUUUCUUGUGUCACCUCCCCUAAAUUCCACAUCUACCAAUCACAGCAGACGCUUUUCUCCAGGACUGCCCACUCUUCAGUUCAUACCUUCUUUGGUUAGAUUAUAUUUUGGGGGGUUACUUAACACCUUUUUUGGUUAGUUCACCUUUUGUAGUUACUGAAUACCUUUUUAUAGUUCAAAUGGGUAGAUCUACUUAAAAUACUAAGUUAUCACCUUUUGGGGAUUGAAAUGAUUGUGAAUUACAAUUCAAUCUUCACAAUAAAGGAAGAGCUAAGUAUCAUCAUUGUUAUAAUCAGGAGAUAGCUAAAUCCAAUCUUCAUAAUAGACAGAGCAUUACAAGAUGUAAAAUGAAUAAUUUUGACUUCAUUAAAUUACCAAGUUUAUGUAUAAACAACAAAAAAAAAGAAACCAAGAUUAGAAGGGUGUAGCUCUCUCUGAGGUGAGAGAAGCCACAAGGUAGGAAGAUAGAGACAGGAUAGAAGUUUUGAUACCACGAGGGAAGUGACGGAGUCCUAAUAGAGAUAUGAGGUGUUCAGGAUGAGUCUUUAUUAAUUAUCAAUGAGCCACAGCUAAGCUCUGAUCAAAGGACCAAUUCUGUAGGCUUUUCCAGUCCUGAGAUCCAUACCACGCAGGUCAGAGAGGUGAAUAGAGAAAGAUUAAAGAUGGAGCUUGGCCAGAGGCCAAGCUCCUGCAAGGACAGCCAUCAGGUAGCCUGAAAGAGAAGGAGAGCAGAGAGCAGAGGGCAGAGAGCAGAGAGAGAGAAGGCGGAGCCAGCUGGGCUAGAUAUAGUUUUUGAUAUGCAAAUAUACACAGUACAUAGGGAUGAUUCUCAUUGGUCAAUGACAAGGCAUAGGUGUGGUUUCUCUUAACCAGGUGAGAACAAAGAAACCUGUUUUCCCGCCUAACCUGGGAGAAGCUGGGGUCAAGGGUCAUAGGCCUUCCCAGCCAUGAGCACUACUGAGCAUGCCCAAGACUGAGCAAUCUGCACAUACUGUGUUUCCCUUGCCCAUAGCCAGGGGGCGGACUGCUACAUCUCCCCCUUUUUGUUUUACACACAAAUGAAUAGUGUAAUAUCAAAAUGUAGCAACAUUACAGCAUUAACAAAUACAAACACUCUGGUGCAUAAUCAUAUUCUGAUACAGAGAUGAAAAACCCAUCCUGAUUGUAUAACUUAGAUAUCCCAAUCAAGAAUGCACAUCAGCAUAAACUGAUUCAGUGAUCAAUCUUAAAAAUUCCCAAACUGAUCUUUCUAUCUGUCUGUCUGCAUUUCAAGAUCAAUGCAACAGUCUUAGUAGAUAUAAAAAUGUUAAGAAAAUAAUUUCCACGCUACUGAUCCUGAUCUAAUGAGGUAGAGCUCCAUGGUUCACAUGACAGGUGCAAUAAUCAAACAUGCCACCAUUCACAGUCUGGACUAUCAGAAGUUGUCAGCCUUUUCAACAGUUAGCAAAAUACUAUCCCUGGAGAUGAAGGAUAAGUCCUUCCUUUCUCUCGUCCUGAUACUGCAUCUUGGGGAUCUUUCCGUGCUCACUGCCAGAUGCCUGCCACAUAGGAAACUGGUUGGUAGCUCGAUGCCAGGACAUCCAGCGACUGAGGGUGUCAGUACGCCAUGUCUCUGCAUUUCCCAACCUCAAACAUCCAUUUCACAUGGAAAGUGUAAUCGUGGCUGAGGCUGCCUGGUCCAUAAUGAAAGAUUCAUUAUGAUUCCCCUUACAUGCAAUCAGACAUCACUCUCCAGUAUGGUCAUCUGAAAAUUAACAAUUGCUGUCAUGUUCUCAUGUUCACCGACUGUUAGGUGACUGUAAUUCUAGAAAUCUUUGCACCUUCAUAAUUCUGGAUCAGAGCAUUAACAGUACUUUCCUUGUACUUAAAAUUCUGGCCUUAAUAGUGUAAAAGAAAAAAAUCAAGGUUGAUCAAUCAAGAGUGACUUUAAAAAGUUUCCUCUAAAAAUAUAAAUACUGAUCUCUAUAAGAUUCCUCUCCCUUUUCUUUUUGUUUGUGUGUUGGGAGAGAUCCCUUCAAAGAAAAACAUCCUCUCUUAACAAUUCUGGAGGAUCAUGUUAUCACAUGUCAAAUGAUCUCAGAAAAUUGAUCCUGGGAACCUGAUCCCAAAAUUAAUACAAGAUUCUCUUGGCUCACUGUCUAUGUGGUAUCUUUGAAACUGAGCCAAUGUAAAAUAUCAGAACUUACAUUCCCAAUGAUUUCUAAUUCCUGAUCUAAAUAGAUCAAAAUUCGCCUUGUAUAUGAACAUAAUUUUGCACCAAUACAGGCUUUGCAAAAACAUCAAUACAUCAAUCACAGUGCAAUUUUUUAACAAAUACCAAUAUUCCCAUCCAUUUUACAUUCUCAAUUGUAACUUAAAUAACCAUGAUGGUGAUAAUGAAGUAAUAUUUCAAGUUCUGACUGCAUAUUCCUUAUGUCAUCCUUAUUUUAAAUCUCUGCUUGUA